AUGAGAUCUGCUUUCAUGAUUGCUGUCCUUACCAGCGAAGCUUUCCUCGGUUAUGGAUACGAAGGAUUGACUAAUAAUGAGAUAGAAGAACCGGUUCAUCGCAAUCCUCGUGCGCCCCCCGGUUUUCAACGUUUGUCAGGGAAAUGGUCCUUAGAAUACGAAGAUGAGACUCAAAAUGAUACUAUCAAGUAUACCGACGAAGACGAAACUAACGACCUAUGGGAGCUUCUGAAGAGAUUUUCUAAUUUAAAUGGUGGAAAGAUGGGGGAAGACCUCAAAUAA